AACUGUAAUUUAAAAAAGUUGAAAGAACAUGGCCAUCUUCACACUUUACCAUCCAAGAACCAACUGUGGGCCCUAGCUACCCAUAUAAAAUCAGAACAUGGCCAUCUUCACACUCUAUGAUCUCCAUCUUUAUGCUCUGAAUAAUUACUGCCAACCAUGGAAGACUACAGAAUUGAGGAAACAGCUCCUUCUCCCAACAAAGCUUCCCCUCAACUGAAUUGCAAAAUAUUGUAUGUUAGUGGUUUUCGCGGAACGACUUUUCAAGCUUUCAACAAUGAUGCUGCUGCACCUGCAUCUGAUGGAACUCAUGUCAGAAACCGUGAUACUCCGCGGACAUAUGUUGCUUCUGGUGAAAGUCGUGGCAAAAAGGAUAAUACUCUGCCAAAUGUUGCUUCUGCAGGUGGCAUAAAUAAUGCCACAAAAAACGAAGACGACAUCAGGAGCAAUAGGGCAUUGUACGAUGAUGCAGUACAAGGAGACCUAGAGGUGACAGAAAGGUUGGUUAAGGAGGACAACAAAGUGUGCAUAUAUCCACUGAACGAUAAGCUUCAAAACGUGUUUCAUAUCAUUUCCAAGAGAGAAGAAGAGGAAGAGGACGAUAGGGUCGUGGAGAAACUGGAAAACAUUGUGAGCAACAUGAGUGUGGAUGAUCUCGGGAAGAAAGACGGGGACGGCCGAACCGCCCUCCACGUGACUGCCCUGUAUGGGAACACUAAGAUGGCCCAAGUGUUCAUUAGAAAGAAUUGUCGUCUCCUUUUCGUGAGCGACGGCCACCACGAUCUCCCUGUCCAUUUGGCCGCCCGAAAUAUCCGCCAGAGCGAGGCCGUUUAUACCUUCUUCUUUAAUGUCACUCGUCAGAAAUGCGAGGAGGUGCAGGUGCCAACAGCUAAUCCAUUUGAACUCUCAAGUGCCAUGCAGCUCUUUUGCUACUUGAUUGGAUCUAAAUUCUAUGAUCUGGCUUUAGAUCUGGUGGUAAAGUACGAUGAAUUGGGAGUAUCGGUAGCAGAGAUACCUGGCUCGAAAUUGGACGAAAAGAAUCCGGACGUGGCUAGUCAUCCUCUCCUAAAGAGCAAAACAUCUGCAUUGCAAGCGCUGGUGCAGUUCGAUUGUCCUAUCAUCAACACAAGUCACCUUAGCUUCUGGCACAACUCAAUAUCCUAUUUGUGGCAGCCAAAGAGCAUGAAGAACAAGAUGUCAAUGCACCGAAAAGCAGAGAAGCUUCUCCACCAUUUGUGCAACAAAAUCAAAUCCCUGAAAGAUCACAAACAGGUUGUUGCCGUUGCAAAGAGUGCAAUGUUCGAAGCAGCACGGCUGGACAUGGACACCGUAGUUACGAGCAUUCUGGACACAUGCCCCGCAAUAGUUUACUGUUUGGACGACAACAAGUGCAGCGUGUUUCACAUCGCAGUCGAGAACAGGAGCGAGAACGUCUUUAAUCUUCUGUGUCAAAAGAGCAUCCAGAUGCGAGAUUUGGCAGAAAUGGUGGAUGUUCAUGGAAACGGCAUGCUACAUUUGGCCGGGAAAUUGGCACCCCCUCACAAACUAAAUUCUGUUUCCGGGGCUGCUCUUCAAAUGCAACUAGAACUGCAAUGGUUCGAGGUCAUUUUUCCACUUUAGAUUAACCUAAAUUUGCUUGCACGAAAUGAUAUAGAGUUGGAACUUGUUUUUGUUUCAACUAUUUUUUGGGUUAAAGAUAAAUUCUAGAUCUAACAGGUUCAAAACAGGCCUAAAUUUGAGCUCUUACAAUACUUCAUCUGAUCCCAAAGUAAUUCUUACUCUAUACUACCUUCGUCUUUGAGUAUUAGUGCAGUUUUGAUUUUUUUGCAAUCAGUCCAACAUUUGACUUAUAAUUAAAUAAAAAUUAUAUGUUAUAUUAAUUAAAUAAAAGAAUAUUCU